AUGUCCAUCAAGGACCGCAACAUGAGACAUUUGAAAAUCGAAAUUAUCGUAACCCGUUACCACAACGAAGAAGUUAUUUGUCACAAGAGCAGCGUAAUCAAGCUUCUGUUGAAGGCUUUCAACAUCAUGAUUAUAGAUCACAGCAAUCUAGUGUCUAGUGUGCCAAAUAAUUUAGCACAUUAUGGUUAUACUACAGCACUGGAACCUCUAUCGCCAGUAACACACACUCCAUCGCCAGCAACAACUAAUGCCAGCAAUGAAUCGGAGUUAGAGUUAUUCUGCGAAUAA